UCAUGGGACACGUUCUUCCGGUCGACGACAGCGGGCGCUAGUCCCGGAUCUGCGUACUCGUCGCCUCCGACGCUGGCGCCGCCACACCCCAACCACGCUCCGCUGUCCGCGCUGGCGCCCGCGCUCGCCUCCCAGGGGCCCGUGUCUGUGUCUGAGAAACUCAUAGACGACCAUCUCGCUGUCCAGGGCAUCAUACGCGCUUACCAGGCUCGUGGUCAUCUUGCAGCAUCUCUGGACCCUCUGGGCAUCUACAGACCGCAUCCUGCUGAAAAAACAGUGGCGUCCCGUGCUGUAGUUAGGGCUCACCUCGAUAAAAUUGAUGAAGGAGACAUGACGCGGUCCUACAAACUGCCCAUGUCGACGUACAUCGGCGGCAAAGAGAAGUCCUUGCCUCUCAGUGAGAUCAUCUCCAGACUCGAGAACGCUUACUGCGGAUCUAUCGGUGAGCUCAAGCGGAACCAUUCGGGUGUCGAAGAAAAAGCUCAAAUUUUGUUCUUUGUUAUGUCUCGUGGUUGUUUAUAGUCUAUUCAACUUUGUUAUGUCUCGUGGCUUUACACGCGAUUCGAGAGCCCCGGCAUCAUGCGGAUGAGUAAAGACGAGAAGCGUCUACUCCUGGCCCGCCUAACGCGCUCGCACGGCUUUGAGGCUUUCCUGGCUAAGAAAUUCAGCUCUGAGAAACGCUUCGGGCUCGAGGGAUGCGAAAUUCUUAUCCCUGCUAUGAAGAAGGUGAUCGACCGUAGCACGUCGCUGGGUGUGGAGUCGUUCGUGAUGGGCAUGCCACACCGCGGUCGUCUCAAUGUGCUGGCGAACGUGUGCAGGAAGCCGCUGGAGCACAUCUUCACGCAGUUCGCUGGACUUGAGAGCGCUGAUGAGGGUUCUGGGGACGUGAAGUACCACUUAGGCACGUACCAGGAGCGCCUCAACCGCAUCACCAACAAGAACAUCAGACUUGCCAUCGUGGCCAACCCGUCACAUCUGGAGGCCUGCGACCCCGUCGUGCAGGGCAAGACGCGCGCCGAGCAGUUCUAUCACGGAGACUCCGAGGGCAAUCGAGUAAAGCAAUUGAGACUGCACGGCGACGCUGCGUUCGCCGGGCAAGGUAUCGUGUACGAGACCUUCCACUUGUCUGACUUGCCGGACUACACCACCCACGGCACCGUGCACAUCGUGUGCAACAACCAGAUUGGCUUCACUACUGAUCCUCGACACUCACGAUCAUCUCCAUACUGCACUGAUGUGGCCCGUGUGGUGAACGCUCCCAUCUUCCACGUGAACGCCGACGACCCUGAAGCGGUGAUGUAUGUCUGCGACGUCGCAGCUGAAUGGCGUCACCAGUUCCACAAGGACGUGGUCAUUGACUUGGUUUGCUAUCGUCGCAAUGGGCACAACGAGAUCGACGAGCCCAUGUUUACACAGCCGCUCAUGUAUUCAAAAAUUCGCAACCUCAAGCCAGUGUUGGACAAGUACGCAAAGCAGCUCAUCGACGAAGGAGUAGUCACUGAUGCUGAAGUCAAGGACGUGAAAGACAAGUACGAUCGUAUCCUGGAAGAGGCUAUGAACAACGCUAAGCAGGAGACGCAGGUCUACAACAAGCACUGGCUCGACUCCCCCUGGUCCGGCUUCUUCGAGGGCAAGGACCCCCUCAAGCUGCCCCCUACUGGAGUUCACGAAGACACACUGAAGCACGUGGGUAAGCGCUUCUCGCAGCCUCCUCCCAACGCCAGCGACUUCCAGAUCCACCGCGGCCUGCAGCGUAUCCUUAGCAGUCGAAUGGAAAUGGUUGAAGACCGCACGGCUGACUGGGCUCUGGCGGAGGCUAUGGCAUUCGGAUCUCUUUUGAAGCAAGGAACCCACGUGAGGUUGUCAGGCCAAGACGUAGAGAGAGGCACCUUCUCUCAUCGGCAUCACAUCCUUCAUCAUCAGAAGGUGGACAAGUCCAAGUAUAAUGUCCUUGCCAACCUGUACCCCGACCAAGCGCCAUACACGGUGUGCAACUCCUCGCUCUCAGAGUACGCGGUGCUCGGGUUUGAGCUCGGCUUCUCUAUGACCAAUCCUAACGCUUUGGUUUGCUGGGAAGCUCAGUUUGGUGACUUCAACAACACCGCUCAAUGUAUCAUCGAUCAGUUCAUCUCUUCGGGACAAAGCAAAUGGAUCCGGCAGAGCGGUCUUGUCAUGCUAUUGCCUCAUGGCAUGGAAGGAAUGGGCCCCGAACACUCGAGCGCUCGCCUUGAACGUUUCCUCCAGAUGACUUCUGAUGAUCCUGAUGUGCUGCCGGCCUUCUCGGAUCUUAAUAUCAGACAGCUCACGGAUAUCAACUGGAUCGUUGCCAACUGCAGCACUCCUGCCAACUACUUCCACAUUCUGCGCCGUCAAAUUCUGUUGCCUUUCCGUAAGCCUCUCAUCCUGAUGACACCCAAGAGCCUCCUGAGGCAUCCUGAAGCCAAGAGCAGCUUUGACCUCAUGACUGAGGGAACAGAGUUCCUCAGAUUGAUCCCCGAUGAAGGCCCUGCAGCUGCAAACGCUUCGAACGUCAAGCGCCUGAUUUUCUGCACGGGCAGAGUCUACUAUGACCUCACGGCCGCCAGAAAAGAAGCUGGUCUCGAGGACAGCAUUGCUAUUGUCAGGGUCGAGCAGAUCGCUCCGUUCCCUUAUGACCUCGUGAAGGCUGAGUGCGAGAAGUACGGUGGAGCUGAGCUGCUGUGGGCGCAGGAGGAGCAUAAGAACAGCGGCGCCUGGAGUUAUGUGCAGCCUCGCUUCAACACGCUUCUCGCUCACUCCAGACCCGUUUCCUCGCUUAAUUCUCAACCGCGGGCUGACGAUAGAAAACCCGCUUCUCUCGACAAGCAGUCGUGGUAUGAAACCUGGCUUGCUUACCUCUUCCCAAGUUCGAAAUCAGAAACUGAGGAGGCAAACACAUCUUCCUCCUUGAAACAUGUCGACUUUGAUGAAAGCCGUACAUUGAGUUCCUCUUUGGCCCCUAAUGUUGACGCUGUGGCUAAGAACGCUCAAAUAUCAGGAGUGAUCAGAUACGCUGGACGUCCCGUUUCUCCCUCGACUGCAACGGGCAACAAGAAGACUCAUAUGAGAGAAGUGAAGAACCUGCUCGCUGAUGCCCUUGGUACUCGCUAACUUCUUGAAGCCACCAAUGUUUCACAUCGAUGGUCUGGCUACAGUCAUAGGACUUUUCGGUUCAUACUUUUUUCCAACUAUUGAUGGAUGUUGAUGUUCCCAAAUUGAAAAUCAAACCGUGAUAUUACUCAGAACUAUAUCCACGUAGGAUUGAUGCAUCUGUUCGCACGCCACGACUUCGAUAUAGAUUUGUUUGUUCGAAAUCAUUUGUGAUAGCUUAGGCAUUCUACAUACAUAUAGAUUAUCAUAAAACCAACCUAGAACUAGCACGUCUCUGGCUUGCUGGUCAUCUUAGUUUAGUGCUUUGGUGCAUUUCAUUCAGUAUUGCGGCGCAAAGUUGGGGAUAUUAUUAGAUGCCAAGCAUCAAAUUACGAUAAAAAUCUUGCCAUCAGACAUAAUUCAGGUAAGCUCAUGAAAAAUAUGCCUAUAAUUAUUAAGCUUGUUCUCCUUGCCUAUGAAAUUAGUUUAGAUGGGAAGGAUAGUUGCUGAAGUUGAUUGAUUAGAAUACAUGCUAAACGCGGGUACAUUUUUUUUCGCGAUGGUUCUUCUAUUUUAUUUCACCUUAAUGUUUUUUAGUGAAAAUUAAAGCCAAAGGGUUCUUAAUUUCUUAGUAGAUUCGCAAGUAUUUGGUCAUGAUAAUCAUAUUAAUAAAAUUGGAACAGUACCACUGUUAUUAUCAUGCCUGAUGAAAUAUUGACUGAAAUAUUAAUAAAAAUGUGUAGGUCAUUUAAUUUUAUCUCACAUAAUGUGCACAAACUAAUUUGCAUUAUUUGCUUGGGAUAAUAGGCUCGAACUAAUUACCGUCAUCGAAGAAGAACCACAGCUAGCAGCAUCAUAGUAAUAAGCAAGAUUUUUUCUGGUCGUACAGUUUUCCUGAUCUUUGGUUUUAGUUCUAUUAAUUCGAAGAGGAGAAUAUUAUUUAAUACAUGAAUUGGAGCGACUCGUCGAACUACCUAAUACUGUAGAAACUUACAGAUGUCGUUGGCGAUGAUGGAUAUUUUUGCAUCUAUGAUAACGGUUGUUUCAUGAAACUCUGCCUAGUGGAAGAUCAGUGGAGAUAUGACAUAAUAUUUACGGCAUUGCUUGUCAAGGAUGCCAGUCUUUUCAUACGAGAUGCUGAUGUUGAAAUGUACAGUUGUUCGCCUUACCUUUUUCUGUAGAUAUUUCUGUGUCAAAUUAUUUAUUGUUCCGCGUUCAUGAUCAUUUUCUGUUGUGUUAUGAGUAUCUGGUACAGAAUAUUAAUUACGAGACAGGGAAAGGUGUAGUCAGUUAUUCAAUUUUGCUUUGUACAUGUAGAUAGCUAGAAGUGAUAAUAUUCUUUAAGUUCCUAUAUGUAACUAGGUAUCAGUACUUCGUUCUUUAUUGCGAUCUGUAUCAAGGCUUGCUUGCUAUUUACUUCAGCAUAAAUAUUCAUAGCAAAACUUGGCAUUUCAAGGUAGUACAAAAUUAUCCUCUUCUCUCUUGCCCGCACUAUUUGGUUACGUGACGAGAAAAAAUUUCAUAUAGUUGUCUUGGCUGCAAAAGUUUCUUAAUUCGCAAUUUCAUGAUUUAACUUGCUUCUAAUCACUAUGCUAGGGAAACCUUAUAUUUAUUAGGGCCUUUCAUAACCUAGUUACUUAUAAUUUUGCUAUUUGUGGAACCAUUUGCCGGAUUUUCCACCAUUCAAUUGGCCGUUUGCUAAUGUUGGCAGUGUGCACUCAUUAUAUGAAGUGAUCAUAGAAAUAUAUUCUGCUGUAAAUCGU